AUGAAUGGAGGUCAACGAUUCUCGGACCCCCAGGAUCUGUAUAUGAGGGAGGAGUAUUUUUUUUGGAUAUCACGUUUUCUUCUGAUUAUCCUUUUAAGCCACCAAAGGUUACGUUCCGCACCAGAAUCUAUCACUGUAAUAUCAACAGCCAAGGAGUAA